CAGCGAUGGUGAAAGAUCACCCUGUUACAUCUGUUCCCUUGGCUGAGAGACCUUCUGGCCUCCGUAGGACUCAUGAAGAAAGUCUCUUUGGGGUCAGCUGGCUGCUCGGCACAUGACUUAAGCAGGAUUGAUUUUCUUUUACAACAGUGAUGGACGGCUGCUGAUCCCUCAACAUCCAGAAUUUCAGGAAUGCUGCAGGUCAGUCGCCAUCAGCAAAUUUCCUCAUUUAUGUCUAAAUAACCGUCAAAUAUGAAACCUGCACAAACACAGGAAUGGGAGUGUAAAAAUAAACGCAACUACAACAGCUAGAGAAUAUACCUGGUGCCAACGACACUCAGUGACCGUGUGUGAGCCCACCGCCAUGUCUGAAGCCGUGGUGAUGGAGCCUCCCAGAGGGGGCGGCUUCCUGAAGUCAUCGUGCAGUGCAGGACACAGCGCAGACUCCCUCGAUGACGGCACUGUGGAUAUAGCAAAUGAGUCUUCAGAGGAAGAGUCUACAGGGGAAAGGGAAGAGGAGAUUGGUGCACAUGAUGAAGUCGCCAGCAGCACCAAGACAACAGCGGUCCCUGCUGAACAGACCUCAAACACACAAGCAGUGAGUGCCCGGCGCCCAAACUCCCUGCCGGUGCCGGCAGCGGGAGAGCCCGGCCUGUGGACGUCACAGGGUGACGCAGAGGUGAAACUGAGGAUGGGGGACUCUGGCCUGGCUGCUGAGACCCCUCUGACCGUCAACCAGAUGUUCACCUCAGCUGUGGAGCGCUUUGGUGACUUUCCAGCUCUGAACUGGAAGGAGGGCGAGCAGCAGAAGAGCCUGAACUACAAAGAGUACUACCAGACCUGCCGCACCGCUGCCAAGAGCUUCCUUAAGCUUGGUUUACAGCGCUACCACGGCGUCGGCAUCCUGGGCUUCAACUCAGCUGAGUGGUUUAUCUCGGACAUUGCAGCUAUUUUGGCAGGUGGGUUUGCGGUUGGCAUCUACACCACCAACUCUCCUGAGGCAUGCCAGUAUGUAGCAGAAAACUGCAAGGCCAAUAUCAUUGUCGUGGAGAACCACAAACAGCUGCAGAAGAUCCUUCAGGUUGAAGACAGGCUGCCGCACUUGAAAGCCAUUAUCCAGUACAAAGAUGCGCUAAAAGAGAAGAGACCAAAUCUGUACACAUGGGCGGAGUUCAUGGAGCUGGGACGGGAUGAGCCCGACGCACCCAUCGAUGCGAUCAUCUCCAGCCAGAAGCCCAAUCAAUGCUGCACGCUCAUCUACACCUCAGGGACCACAGGCCAGCCCAAAGGAGUCAUGCUGAGUCAUGAUAACAUAACCUGGACCGCGCUCUCCACCAGCCGCCACGUGCGUCUGACAGACGCUACUCAGGCUCAGGAAUUGGUGGUCAGCUACCUGCCGCUCAGCCACGUCGCUGCUCAGAUGGUCGACAUCUGGGUUACCAUGAAGGUCGGAGGGGCGACAUAUUUCGCUCAGCCAGAUGCACUAAAGGGCUCUCUGGUAAAUACUUUAAAGGAAGUGCGUCCCACAGCCUUCAUGGGCGUCCCACGUGUCUGGGAGAAGAUGCAGGAGAAGAUGAAGUCCGUCGGAGCCAAGUCUUCAACUGUGCGCAGGAAACUGGCUGCCUGGGCCAAAGAUGUCGGCCUGCAGACUAAUCUGACUAAGAUGAAUCAAAGCGGAGCAGCUGGCCGCACACCGCUCAGCUAUCAAUUAGCCAAAAAGCUUGUGUUCAAAAAGGUGCGUAAGGCUCUGGGCCUGGACCGCUGUACCAAGUGCUACACCGGCGCCGCUCCCAUCACCAAAGACACCCUGGAGUUCUUCCUUAGCCUGGACGUCCCUCUGUACGAGCUGUACGGCAUGAGUGAGAGCACCGGGCCUCACACCGUCUCCGUCCCUGAAGCCUUCAAGCUCACCAGGUACAUUUUACUUCUAAAAUUUGUCACAGAAUUUCCUUGCAUUGUCAAAUCAGAGCCAACUCAAAACACGUGCUUGCUGCUGAAUUAUAAAAAUGUUGUUUUGUCCUGCAGCUGUGGUAAAGAGAUCCCGGGGUGCAAGACGAAGCUGCACAACCCAGACGAGGAGGGAAACGGUGAGAUCUGCUUCUGGGGCCGUCACGUCUUCAUGGGUUACCUCAACAUGGCCGACAAGACGGAGGAGGCUCUCGAUGCAGAGGGCUGGCUGCACUCAGGUGAUCUGGGAAAACACGACAAGAACGGAUUCCUCUUCAUUACCGGAAGAAUUAAAGAGCUGAUCAUCACAGCAGGAGGAGAGAACAUCCCUCCGGUUCCUAUUGAGGAUGCGGUGAAAGAGGCUGUGCCGCUGAUCAGUAACGCCAUGCUGAUCGGAGACAAGAGGAAGUUUCUGUCUAUGCUGCUCACCAUUAAGUGCCAGGUAAACGCAGAGUCAGGAGAUCCAGAGGACGAGCUGACACCAGAAGCUGUGGAGCUCUGCAGGAAGCUGGGCAGCAACGCCACACGAGUCUCUGAGAUCGCAGGCGGUCGAGACCGGUCCAUCCAAGCUGCCAUUCAGGAGGGAAUCAACAGAGUGAAUGAGAAGGCAAGCUCCAACGCUCAGCGCAUUCAGAAGUGGAUCGUUCUGGAUCGGGAUUUCUCACUGACAGGAGGAGAGCUGGGCCCGACCAUGAAGCUGAAGCGGCCAGUGGUGGUGAAGAUGUACAAGGAGCAGAUUGAAAACUUUUAUAAGGAGCUGGCGACUCCAACGACCCCCGACAACCCGCUGCCUCCCAAAUAGAGCUGCUCCUCCGCCUGCAGGGAGACUGUCUGAGUUAACACCCAGACGCACCCCCUCCUUUAUCCAACCAAUUUUCUCUGGUAAAGUUUUGAUUGCCUUAAGUUGUUCUGUCUUGGUUUACAUUUGUGGGAGUUGUACAAAAAAGGAAACAGAUAUAAGAAGCCAUUGUAAAAUAUCUUAAUGAUUUUGAAGUCGUCAUAAUUAAGCUGAGUCUACUAUUUAUUUGGAUUACUGGGGUGAACAGUAAUAUCGGUUAGAUGAAGUAGCAGCAGCUGUAUGUAAGGAAAGUUGUUAAUUGCACUGCAUUUCUAGAGAUGGAGACAUAAUCCAAAAAAAAAGAAGUUCAUAGGAUGUUUUUAAAGAAAUAAUGUGUGUUUAAACAUAUUUUUCUUAAUUUAUUUUCAGUUUGCCAAAGUUUACAUGAGCCAAAUGAGCUUCAAAUUCUUGAGAAAACUCCAUUUGUGAUUCAGCAAUCAUCUCUAAAUGUUUACUGGCCUUUUACAUGCAUGUGGUGUUUGUUUGUGUCUUUGACAGUCGAGCUUCAAAGAAAAUAUUUUAUUUUGUACACAUUUAAGUCAAACAUUUACUGCAAAGGUAGUUGCAGUUACUAUGUGUAUUGAAAUGUAUCUCAUUACUGAGCAUCCAAAUUUUUUUUUUGCUUUAUAAACAUGUCAUUGAAGCCAUAUCUAUUGCCUUUUGUAAUUAUAGUCAGACUCUGUAUGCUGACUCAAUGCAGACCCUUACACACCUGCCUGGUCCUGUGGAAAUGUUUUCCAACAGUCCUUCUGUGUGUAGUAGACCUGCUGUGAUUUUUGUGGAAUAUUGUAAAUAUAGUUUGCCCACAUCAUAAUCAUCUCUCACUUGUUUUUACAGCCAGUUUAUUCAGUAGCACUGAAAUCACAUCCAUCUUUUUUUUUGCACUCAAACAUGAAAAAAAAAAAAAAAAGUGGGUACCUGGACUGGGAAAUGUACAUAAAUUACUGGUCUGUACCAUCCCUUAUGCAUCAUCACACAUAAAAGUUCAAAUGCGCAAGGUUUUGAAUUAGAGACAUCAUAUCUUUAGCCUCCUGGAAGACAAUGAAUACAUCUUUAAAGAAAAAGGAAGUAAAAGAGCUUAUGAAUUAAUUGUGUAUAUAAUAAGCAUAUUGUAGGUAAUUGUAGCACUCUUGAUAGGUUAAAGGGAAGGCGGGUUAUGGAUCUCUCAAAGUAAUGAAGUUCAGGUUAAACAAAACUGAGUAAUUUUGAAUUGUGUACAAGGUUAAAUAAGGAAAUGACGGUGAUUCAGUGUCUGGAUUUGCCUGACCUGAAAGAGUGGCUGUUAACAAUAUCAGGGUUGAAAGAUGGAAAUAUGCAUGAAGCCACAGAAAAAGGAAGCAGGCCUGUUUCUGUCUACAGACAUGUGAAUGUUUGUGUUUGAUCAGUUACGGAAUAAAAGUUGAUUGAGCUGA